AUGACGGAUUACUACCGGCGUCUGGGGCCUAGAUAUGCAGAUAGAGGCUUCUACAGCUUGGAUUGGGAGCAUCUGGACGUGGCUCCAGGCCAGAACGCGCUGAUAUCAAUGUCUCCAUCUGCGGAGGCGGCGCAAGACGAGAUGAAGGACACACCUUCCGCUCACCUUCACCUUCCUCCGCAUCUUGCGUGCAUGCACGUGCUGGUGUUUGGAGAUGCUGGUGAACACACCGUGACCACCCUGUUUAGCACAUUCCCGUCACACUUGCAGACGGGAGUCGAGUUGUUUGGCAAAUUGAAGGGCUUUCUCGCUGGCCCACAGCCAGCAGCGGUGCCUGGGACUACCAGAGUGGGUCCCGACCCGGUUCCUACUCCUGAUCCUCCUCCAGCUGCAAGCAAGGACACAAAACCGACUGGUCAGGAAAAUAUGGCCAAAGCUCCAGCUCCGGCACCAGUGUCGACCCCAGCACCAGUACCAACCCCUGCUGCAGCUCCAGUUAACCCUGAAGUCGAACCUGAGGGAAUGGAGGCAGCACCCCCACCCCCGGUUGUCGUCAACCCCUAUUCAGACGAGCAGCUCCGCUCCAUCGUCAAGCGAAUGAGAGAGAGGCUUCACAUCUACAAGGAGAAAGUGACUGAUCAAUAUGCUUCCUCACCAGAGAUCAGCCCGCCUGUCACACCCCUGUUACGCAGAGACCGCUACGCUGAAGUAGCUGAGGAGAGGAAAAGGCAAGCAGAGGAGGAGCGGAUCCAAAAGGAGGAGGCUGAGAAGAAGAAGAAGGAGGAGCAGGAGAAGAAAAAGAAGGAGAAUGAGCAAAAGAAGAAGGAAGAGGAGGAGAAAAAGAAAGUAGAGGAAAUGACCGUGAAAGAGAAGAAAGACCCGAAGGUGGUCUUGAAGGAGAAAAUGUGGACUGCCGUGGAUGCCUUUCUGAAACCAUUGGAGGGCUGUAUGGAUUCAGUACUCGGGACCACGAUCGAUCCUUUUACAGAUCGGCGCUACAUCGCCUGGCUGAGCCUGGUGACCCUGGCCUUCAACUACAACACCUGGUUCAUCAGCGCCCGUCUGUGCUUCCCCUACCACACGGAGGACUCCAUCCCGUUCUGGUUUGCCCUGGACAUGCUGGCUGACCUGAUUUACCUCACCGACUGCAUCAUCUUCCAGCCCCGCAAGCAGUUUGUCAAAGCGGGCGACAUCAUCAAAGACGGAGCAAUGACUAAGAAGAACUACAGAGAAAGCGAAGCAUUUAUGGCCGACGUGGUGUCCAUCUUACCCUUGGACUUGCUCUACUUGCAGUUUGGCUUCAAGUCCAUCUUCCGAGCCAAUCGCUUGCUGAAGGUGGAUAAAUUUUUCGAGUUCAGCGACCGCCUGGAAAGCAUCAUGGCCAAGGCUUACAUCUGGAGAGUGAUCCGCACCAUCGGCUACCUCCUCUUCAUGCUCCACAUCAACGCUUGCAUCUACUACGUGGCCUCAGACUACCAGGGCAUCGGUAAAACCAAGUGGGUCUACUCCGGCCUGGGAAGUGCGUACCUGCGCUGUUACUACUUCGCCGUGCGCAGUCUGAUCAACAUCGGGGGUCUUAAUGAGCCCCACACCGUCUUUGAGAUAGCGUUUCAGAUGACUAACUUUUUCACGGGCGUCUUUGUGUUCUCCAGUUUGAUCGGACAGAUGAGAGAUGUCAUCGGCGCGGCCACGGCGGGACAGACUUACUUCCGCUCCUCCAUGGACGGCACCGUGUCCUACAUGGUGACCAAUCGCAUCCCCUCCCUGGUCCAGAACAGAGUCCGCACUUGGUACACCUACACCUGGGAUGCACAGGGCAUGCUGGAUGAGUCGGAGCUGCUGGAUAAGAUGCCUUUGGUGAUGAGAACCGCCAUCGCCGUGGACAUCAACUUGACCACUUUCCAAAAGAUUGACCUUUUCAAGGGUUGUGACCAGCAGAUGUUGGUGGAUAUGUUACUGAGACUCAAGUCUAUCAUCUAUCUGCCUGGAGACUUUGUCGUCAAGAAGGGCGACAUCGGUAAAGAGAUGUACAUCAUCAAGAGCGGAGCCGUGCAGGUGGUGGGAGGGCCUGACAACAGCAUCGUGUUUGUCACGCUGAAGGCCGGCUGCGUGUUUGGAGAAAUCAGUUUGCUGCAGUCCUCCAAAGACGGAGGGAACAGACGCACAGCCAAUGUCAAAGCCUACGGUUUUGCUAACCUUUUUGUCCUGGAGAAGAAAGACCUGUUUGAUAUUCUGGUCCACUACCCGGAGUCGCAGAAGGUGUUGGCCCGCAAGGGAAGGAAAUUAAUGAAGGCCAAGGGUCCGGCAGCAGCUAAAGCUGAAGAAGAAAAGAAGAAAGGUCUGGCACUUUUUGGACCCAAACCGCCCACACCCAAACUACUGCGAGCAUUUGGCGGCGGCUUAAACAAAACCAUGAUUGAGAAACUUAAGUCUGCUGCAGUCUGCCAAAGAUGGAGAGAACAGACGGACAGCAAACGUCAAAGUCUACGGCUUCGCUAAUCUAUUUGUUUUGGAAAAGAAGGAUUUGUUCGACAUCCUGGUCCACUACCCCGAGUCUCAGAAGGUGCUGGCCCGGAAGGGAAAGAAACUGACCAAGGCCAAAGCUCCUGCUGGCAAAAACGCAGGCGCUAAAGACGAGGACAAGCCAAGAGGUCUCGCUCUCUUUGGACAAAAACCACAAACACCAAAGCUGCUCCGAGCGUUCGCCAGUCUGCGGCCUAUCAAGAAUAUCCUGGAGAAACAAUGACCUUUCCGACAUCAGCCAUGUUUGAUGACUGCAUCAUUUCUCUCUGGAAAUAUAUCCCGUCCUCCUCUUCUUUAGCACGAGUCUGAGGAUGUCGGGGGGGGACGGUGUUAAGGUACCAAGGCAGAUAUACUGUACAUACAGUAUAUAAUACUAUACAGUCAGUGUACAAGUAGAAGUACUGUAAGAUGCUGCAGAUAUUUCCUCUGCUGCUUUAUUGUCUGCUGUUUAGUUGUGCAUCUUCCAGUAGAUGAUCUGUCUGUCUUCUCCCCCCGUGACCGCCGUGCCGCACAGCUCGUUCAUCCAGAUGGCCAUGACUGCACCUAAAACACACACACACGUUAGACUCGUCACUCGUUUGGCAGCUUGUCAGGCGUGUCAAGUACCUGAAUGUGCCGACAUCCUGGAGGUGAUGGCGUUACUCAUUAAGUCCCACAGCAGGAGGUCACCUGACUGCCCCCCACACAACACAGAGUUGCCAUCCCAGCAGAAACACCUGACACGCACACACACUCAAAAUGUUUAGAUACAUAAGAUUCAGCAAAGAUGGACAACUCAGCAAUACUUUUACUAGAAUAAAGUCAAAAUAUUCAGAAACUAGUGAAGCAAAAUUACGAAAAAAUACCAAAAUGGCAAAAAACAGACCGGGUAAAACAUACCACACUAGGCAAUUAACACAAUUAACACGCCAUGCUAGAGCAAAGAGCACAAAGAACAAAGAGCAUUACCAUCUCGGCCUCCCACAGCAAUGGUUGAGAGCGUUGGUGCUAAAGGGAGAAAGUGGGUGCCGGCUGCCUCUUUUAUGGCAGCCUCACCUGAUUGCUAAUCACCCACACCUGGCAUGUACCUGCCCACUAAGCCACGCCCACUAAGGUACGUAACAGAUGCAUUGUUUGGUUCAUAUUGGCCGAACCAAACAAUCUGCAGGUUCUGGUGCAGAUAACCAAUCAUUUAUUUUCAUAUCUGCUUUUCAUUUAUUUACAUAAUUUACAUUUGACUAUAGUUUUGCACAGCCGGAGGAAAGAACUCCAAGAAAUGAGGAUUUGAUCAGUUUGUUGUCAAAUGUUUGUUUACAAGUCAGCACAUUCGUCAUUAGAAAGUGAACUUUGCUGUUUCCAGAUGAGUCGGAGCUGCUGGAUAAGAUGCCUUUGGUGAUGAGAACCGCCAUCGCCGUGGACAUCAACUUGACCACUUUCCAAAAGAUUGAAACAUUUACAAGUCAAUUAGAAAUAUAAGGCAGAUGUAGUAUUCUGCACUGGCCACUAGGUGUCAGUAAUUCCCCUGUAAUGUCAGUCAUGGAAAUUAAUGAAGGCCAAGGGUCCGGCAGCAGCUAAAGCCGAAGAAGAAAAGAAGAAAGGUCUGGCACUUUUUGGACCCAAACCGCCCACACCCAAAUUACUGCGAGCAUUUGGCGGAGGCUUAAACAAAACCAUGAUUGAGAAACUUAAGUCUUCAGCUGGUGGCCACUGAUGAAUCACUUCCAUUCGUUUAUUCUAUCAACUCCGUUUUGGGAGUGAAUGUUUAGCCUCCUCUUUUAUACUAUUGUACCGUCUAUAUUUAGAAUUCCAAAACAUCUUCUUAGAAGUGAGUUUUGAAUGUAAAUGUCCUCCAUUGUAGCCUUCAUUG